AUGGCCGUCGCCGUCGCCGUCCUCGCAGCAUGUAUCCUCACGCUGCUGGCACCGCCGCCGGCGCACGCAGCGGGGGGCGGCGGGCGGUGCGCGGGGGAGUCGUUCUCGGCGAACCGCGCGUACGCGGCGUGCAACGACCUGCCCCGCCUCGGCGCGUCCGUGCACUGGACCUACGACCGCGCGACGGGGGACCUCUCCGUCGCGUUCGUCGCGGCGCCCGCCGCGCCGGGCGGGUGGGUGGCGUGGGCGCUCAACCCGUCGGGCGACGGCAUGGCGGGCGCGCAGGCGCUCGUCGCGGGGACCUUCUCCUCCGACGGGAGCGCUGGCACGGCGUGGGCCGUCCGGACGUACAACGUGUCCGGGUACGCGCUCGGGGAGCCCGGCCCCAUCGCGUUCCCGGCGUCGGACCUCGCCGCCGAGCUCGGCGCCGACGGCCGCGUCCGGAUCUUCGGGAGGCUCGGCCUCGGCGCCGCCGGCUACGGCGGGGGCGUGGUGCUCAACCAGGUGUGGCAGGUCGGCGCCGCCGUCUCCAGCGGCGGCGUCCCCGCGCCGCACGCCAUGGGGGCAGACAACCUCGCCGCCAAGGCCAAGCUGGACCUGCUCAGGGCGACCACCGCCGCCGCCGGAGCCGACAGCGCCACCAAGAAGCGCAAUAUCCAUGGAGUCCUGAACGCCGUGAGCUGGGGCGUCCUGCUGCCCAUGGGCGCCAUCUUCGCCAGGUACCUCAAGACGUUCCAGGCGGCAGACCCGGCGUGGUUCUACCUCCACGUCACCUGCCAGCUGAUCGGCUACGCCGUCGGCGUCUCCGGCUGGGCCACCGGCAUCCAACUCGGCAAGGAGUCCAAGGGCGUCACCUACACCGAUCACCGCAACAUCGGCAUCGCAGUCUUCGCUCUCGGCACCCUUCAAGUUCUGGCGCUGUUCCUGCGGCCGAAGAAGGAGCACAAGUACCGCGUGUACUGGAACAUGUACCACCACUCGGUGGGGUACACCGUCAUCGGGCUGGGCAUCGUCAACAUCUUCAAGGGCAUGAACAUCCUGGGCGUGGAGCAGCGGUGGCGGACCGCCUACAUCGCCGCCGUCUGCGUGCUGCUCAUCGCCGCCGCCACGCUGGAAGCCGUCACGUGGGCCGUCGUCCUCAGGCGGCGCAAGGCCGAGAGCAAGACCUUCAACAGCGCAUCCAACGGCCACCUGCCGCAUUCCGUGUGA